AUGACGAGUAAAUCCAGACCGACAUCGUCCAAACUUAACAACUUCUUCAAGUUUCGCAUAUCAUCCAAGGAGACGACGCUACAUGAGACCCUACGACUGGACUCUGCCAAACCGUCCGACCCCAUCGAUGCCAACGAGAUUGUCCAACAGCUUGUUCCAGGAGCAAAUUCACUGCAGUCGCGUCUCAGGACACUUGAGGAACUGAGCAAGAUUAUCCUCAGCUAUCCUUUUCAACAUAUCAGCGAACUCUGGAUUGCCGUGGAGGACUUGCUGGAGGCCGGUGUUCCCCACAAUGCACGGAAGGCUGCCUGGAGCUUCAUGAUUGCUUGUAUCCGUGGACAGUUCGAGGAUCUUGGAAUGCUCCGUGCUGUCUUUUACCAUGCCAUCAACGACCACGAGAUUUGGGAGGAUUUCGACGACAAGUUACAGGCCCUCAAGGAGCUCACCAACAACGGACGGGAUGUCUAUGGAUUCGAAAAGAAUAUCGUGAGACUCUUGGCUCACUGGAUCGCCUCGAGUUUCGAACAGGCCAAAGUCGCCCAGCAUGUGAGUCAACAACGUCUUGGCAUGCAGAAAUCCACCACCUCACUGGCAUCACUCAGCAGCACACCACAGCUCAUCCUCCUCCAAAAGCCAAUCCCUCAUUUCGACACAACGAUGGCCCUCCUUAUCAACGUCGUCAAGUUCAACUUUGUCUUUUUCGACGAGCUCGAAAUUGCCAGCCUACUCGACCUUCUCCACACCAUCUGCAUCAACGCACCCGAGGAUACGGCCCACACCAUUGGAUUUCUGGACGUCAUUGUGCGCUACGGAUAUGUCCCUCAAGAGGGACUCUCAACCUUUCUCAAGAUCCUGUGUCAUACAACUCUCUCGGACGUGUAUCAGGAGCGAGCCUGGAUGAUUACCCUGAACUUGAUGAAGAGUCACAGCGCCCACAGUGCGAUUCGACUGCUCUGUCUCAAUCUUCGUUCGAAGGGCGAAGUUGCUUCCUCGUUAACCCAUACACGGGUUAUUCAAGGAUCCAUUCGUCUAUUGCAGAGGUCUGUCUGGGGCAGCACACCCAUCGACACCCUGUCAGUCUCCUUUUCGACAAUCCUGUGGUCACUGAAGAGCGCGGUCGACUUUAAAUCCAAGGAUGUCAACCAGGAUAUUGUCGCCAGUCUGAGCGCCUUACUGGAGACGCAUACCGAUAACAUACGAGACCUGGAAUACGAAAUUAUCAUGGACAUUUUGGACCGACUUACGGAAUCUGUGAACGAGAAGCCCGUCGGAGAACAUACUUCAACCAAACCUUUUGUUUUCGGACUGGGAGGUCACGCUACAUCCCCCGGUCACCAACCCCACCCCAACAACGCCUUCAGGGACGCAUACGGAGGACUUCUCUACCAGUUCAUCGCACUCUACAACCGCAAAAAGAUCCCUGGAGUCGCUGCUCGACUGAUGACACUGCUCGCGUCGUUACAGGAUCACCUGCCUGAAGACACCAUGUUACUUUUGCUCGUCUACUACUACACGGAGCACCAAUUUUACCCAUAUACCCUCAACUGGCUGGAGAGACUGCACCAUCUCGUCCAGGUUUCGGUCAUUCAGGACAAGCGGCCCAAAGUGCGUUCGAGAGCUCUGCAGAUUGCGUUGGAUGUCUACGAUGCCUCGAUGGAUUUCUUUCACGAUGCCAUUGUCACCGCCGUGUUCCUGGAUGUUUUCGCUCACAUGGACACGGAGACGGAUCCAGUACUUUCCUCUCAGGUAUCGGAUCUCCUCAUUCGUGCCACACGGACGGCUUCAGACGACCUCUUCCCCAAGCUUCUAGACCGCAUUGUACAAAACAUUCGCUGCAGCUGCCAUGCUCCCAAGCAACCCACGUCUACCAGUUCUACCCAGACCUCCCUAGCUUCCCGACUCGGCAUGACAUCUUCCAGCUCGACCAAUACCCACCAAAACCACCAACCAACAGGACCCGCCGUCGCUUGCCAGUCUCUGUCGGCGGCCAUUGGCAUCAUCGACUUGUUCCAGCAUGCGCUCUACGACCCAAACGGUGCUUCCAGAGUGGAUACGUUCUUCAGCCUUCUAGUCGGACUUGCAAUCAACCAGGAUGUCCACAAAGCAAGCAGGCUGGUCCUACUUGACUUUCUCCUCUGCCUUCGCGUCGACCUGGAUCACAGGAUCUUUUGCUCAACACCCAGUACCAUCGAAAGCAUGACAUCAGCAACGGAGCAAUUGUUGAGUGAGGACGCAAGGCAGGAUCGAGGCGAUCGGCCAGGACUCUCGGGCGGACAUGCGCGGAAUUCGGGAUUGGGGGCAUCUGCGCAGGCUGCCUCCGCAGCAAGACAACAGAUUGGUCCGUCGACGGCCCAUCCUACACACAACUGGCAGCAGCUCAUGCAUGGCAGGACCAUGCAAGCGAGCCCAUACGUCAUCUCUUACCUCGAAAUCGCAUCGACAACCUCCGACAACCCGAAUAGCGAGACCUUGCCUGCGCCUCUUGUCGGAUGUGCUAAGGUUAUCCUCAACAUCCCGCUCUACAUGACCGGCAUCAUGUCUAUUCUGGAGCAGGAGCGGAACUUUGAAGUGUACUCGUUCGUCAUCCAGCGGCUGCCCUCUCAGUUGUUCAACAAGCACCUGUUCUGCAACAGCUCUGAGCAGAUCACCAAGCUGCACAGUGUGCUUGUCGACAUGACCUUGCGCGACAAGUUCCCAGAGUCUCUCCGCAAUUUGCCCCUCAGCGCCAAGCGACACAACAUCCACAUUCUUGCCUACAAGGUCCUGGUGAUCCUCCUCUGCUACAACAACAAAUUCAGUACGAACGAGCUGCACGAUCUCGUUCACGCUUUCGUGGUGGGUCUUCAGCGCCAGGCUACAUGCGCCAAGAUCUGUAUCCAUGCCUUGGCCGUCUGCUGCUACGAGCUUCCGCAAUCGAUGACCAAGCACCUCCCUGGUACUGUCCUCAAGUUAUCGCAGAUCAUGUCUACCGCUACCAUCAGUGUCCACAUCCUCGAGUUCCUGUCUACUGUCGCGAGGCUGCCGAUGCUUUACUCCAACUUUGUCGAGAACGAUUAUAAGCGCGUGUUUGGUAUCGCCCUCAAAUACAUCCAGUACACCCAUAGUGUUGCCGGCAAUACUGCCCAAGCACAAACGCCAUCUACACCCUCCUCCGCGGUCUCGUCGCCUAAUUCUCCGGUUGUCGCUACCCAAGGCCAGCCGUCGGCAGCAACACGUGCUCUCCCUCAGUAUGUGUUGAUAAUGGCCUACCAGGUCAUUGAUGUCUGGUUCAUGCUUCAGAGGCUAUCUGAGCGCAGGAAAUACGUCCCCUACAUUGUCAGGAACCUCCUCAUGGCCAACGAACCUGGGAAACGCGUGGACGAGCAGACCGAGACGUGUAUGGACAUGCUGGCCCGCUACUCAUAUGCCAACUGCGAGCCUAAACCUAAGCCAUCGUUGAUCCAGCAGAUCCUCAUUGGCCCUACGGGAAAGACUGGAAAGGCGGUGACCAAGACCUGGCUCCAAGGAAACGCGUUUAUCACGGUUCGGACUGCUCACAGUGUUGGAUGGGCAGAGAUCACGGUCCGGAGAGCUUCCGGCACGGUUUCUUUCCUGCUCAAGAUCGAGAACGACAUGUUCAUGAGCGGAGCAGAUGGAUUAGAACUCAGUUCGCUUCCAGGAUUGUUGCGACUUCAGGAGGAUGCCAUGGCGAUCGACGCGGCAGCUCAACAACCCAGGAAUGCAUCUGUCGGAGGGUACACGCCAACCGACAUCGAGCAUGUUUCUGUUCCCUCCGCGGAUUCAGAGAUCCAACGCGAGGAAGCACAACAUCUGGCUGCCGUUUCGGGACUAUCUCAGAGGCUGAGCGAGACCCGUCCUUCCUGGUUGUCUCCGCGGUCAACACCCCAACACACGCCGCUGCAUACACCUCUCCAAACUCCUCGGCACACACCGCAUCAUACACCAAGAGUGUCGCCAUUGCCCUCUGGUGAUAACACACCUUCGAGUUCACCACCCUCCCGCUCCUUCCUCAAUGCGGUGCCCUCCAAGUUGGCAUUUGAAGGAGGUCAUCAUCGUGUUCAGACAGCACCCACUGAGCAUGUUGCCGUCUUUUCGUCACCUUCGCUCCACCCACUCCAGGAGUCUGGCGCACCGGCUCACAGUCAGGACGAUGGAUCGGGCGACGUUGAUGUCAAAGAGAGCCAUAUCUCCUCGUUGUCGACGGACUCUACUCACAUUGGUGGCGCCUUUUCGUCGGCGGGAGCAUCGUCUUCUGCCACGGCUUCUGCAGUCAUGGGUAACCUUGGGCGGUCAAAGUCGGCAUCUGAUAACGGUGGUCCAUCGCAGAAGACAGGCGUCAAGCAUGCAGAGUUGAGUCGCGGUGCUCAGGGCAGCGCACUGGAGCAGACUAAGUCGUUGCUUUCGCACUCGGUUGGGAAGCGGGAGGACGUUCGACGGUCGAUGUCUUUGGCCUCCUCACGCAACAACAGCAUCACAACGGCUAUGGGUCGCGCUCAGCGGUACGCUCUGGCCCAUGACGACCACCGACCUCCAGUGCUGAACGAAGGUGCCCCGCGGUACUUUGAUCGAGAGAGCAACACUGAGGGCGCUCGUUCGUUCUCGAAAGCCAAGGUCGAAACCUUUGUUGACCCUAGUUUCCUGUUCAUGCAACUGACGUCGUACCCAGAUGUGAUGGCGCGGGAUGUCCCAAUCCUGCUUGCUGAGGAUGACACAACGAAUCGAGCCCUGGGUGUCUUGGAUCGUACUCCUGUCGUUGAUUUCCACAAGAUUGGAGUUGUUUAUGUCGGCAAGGGUCAGAGCAAGGAAGGCGAAAUUCUGGGCAACACACAUGGAUCGUCCGAGUAUACAAAGUUCCUGACUGGCCUUGGGUCCCUCGUCCGUCUCAAGAACGCCAAGAUCUAUGCUGGAGGACUCGACUUGGAGAUGGAUCUGGACGGCGAGUACGCGUAUUCUCAUCAGGACGAGAUUACUCAGAUGAUCUUCCACGUGGCGACCAUGAUGCCGAACUACCCACACGACGUUAACUUUGAUGGCAAGAAGCGACAUAUCGGAAACGACUGGGUGACGAUUGUGUUCAACGACUCGGGAGCGGACUACGACUUUGGAACCAUCUCGGGUCAGUUCAACUUUAUGACGCUGGUGGUCACUCCUGUCUCUAUGGCGUCUGUAUCUUUUACCGAGCCAGCCAGUCAAGUUAGUCAACAACAGCAGCAGGAACAGCAACAGCGACUUGCGAGCGACAUUGCAGAGGCUGUGUCGGCGGAGGGUCGGGACGGUGAAGAGGUGGUGCUGGUACCGACGACUGCAUCCAUGGGCGCGAACUCUGGGCAGAGCAUGAUCCAGCCCUUCAAGAAUGUUUGGUUCCAGGUGGUGAUGCUGCGACGACCCGACAUGCCUGAGAUUGGACCGCUGGCGACGUCCAAGAUUAUCAGUGCGACGGAGCUGCCUCGAUUCACGCGACAGAUGGCGUUGCAUGCCAACAUCUAUGCACAGGUCUACUACCAGCACUUGCAGAAUUCUGUUGAGUACGUCUCGAACUGGCAGGAGCGUCUUCGCCAGAUCAAGCGCGUCAAGGACCGACUGGCGGCCAAUGCUGCUUCUAAUGCUGGCCAAGGAUCGAGUGCUGGUGGAACAGGCCAAGGAGGUGUUGCUGGCGGAGCAAACGGACCUUCUGGAGGCGGCCCUGGUGGAUCUGGGCACGGAGGAUCGCGAGUUGGCGCUGGAUCCAACGGACCAUCGGGUGGUUCAAGCAACAACAACUCUGGAGCUGCUGGAGGUGGAAUCAGUUCGAGUAUUGGACUGGGUCUUGGACUCGGACUUGGAUUGGGCUCCUCGUCAUCAUCGUCUGGAGCGAAUGGAACUGGCAACCAAGGUAGCGGUUCUGGCUCACAGGGCCAGCAGGGUCAGCAGCAGCACCAAACGAGUAUCAUGGGAUUGGAGCCUGUUGUCGAUUUCACACGGUACACUUAG